AUGGGGGCGACAGAUUGUGUGCGCUCCUCGGAAGCUUUCCACCAGGAGGUCAGCGCGCGCCACCCGGAGCUGGAGCCGCCACCCCGAACGCCCUACUCCCAGAUUCCCUCCCAGGGUGGAUCUCCUCGCAUUUCUCGUACCCCAGCUCCGUCCGCUCCCCCAGCCACCGGUGCCACCUCUGGCCACCCUGCUGCCAAACACCCUGAGGACAACCCUACUGAAGUGCCCCCUUCUUCCCAUCGAUCCCCUAUCGGAGCCGGGGAGGGGGCCCCGCAAGUUGCCCUGUCUCGGUGGAUACCUGAAAAGUCUGUCCCAGCGCCGGCCCCAGAACCUGGGUCAGGGCACGUUGGCGACCCCGGCCUGGGGCAGCCCCGUAGGCUGCAUGUCCUGGCACCAGAGUUGGACUUCCUGCCUGGAAAGCUGAUCGUUUUCUUCUUGGAAUCAAGCCAAGUUCCUGUGAGAGCGGGGAAGUUUGGCACUGGCAUUCAGUCGUAUUUCUUCUUCUUACGGUUCCUGGUGUUACUCAACGUAGUGAUCUUUCUGAUCAUCUUUAUGCUGGUUUUGCUGCCAGUCUUGCUCACCGAAUACAAGAUCACCAACAGCAGCUUUGUGUUCAUGCCAUCCAAAGCCAUGGGUGAGUCCAACGCCUGGUCGGUGGAAGGCUUCAAAAUCAACCUGAUCCAGAGUGAGGAGCACUUUCAGAGUUACUGCAACAAGGUCUUCGCCGGCUGGGACUUCUGCAUCACCAACCGCAGCGUGGCUGAGCUGAAACACAGCAGCCUGCGGUACGAGCUCCGAGCAGACCUGGAGGAAGAAAGAAUACGGCAGAAAAUAGCAGAAAGGACCUCAGAAGAAAAGAUACGGAUUUACUCUUUGAGACUGUUUUUGAACUGUAUUGUUCUGGCUGUCCUAGCAGCAUGCUUCUAUGCAAUCUACAGAGCCACUAUAUUCUCGCAAGAACACUUGAAAAAAGAAAUUGACAAGAUGGUUUUUGGAGAGAACCUCCUGAUAUUGUACCUGCCUUCUAUCGUGAUCACGCUGGCCAAUUUUAUCACCCCGAUGAUCUUCGCCAGGAUCAUCCACUAUGAGGACUAUUCCCCAGGCUUUGAGAUCCGGCUGACAAUCCUUAGGCUCCUGGUAACCUACUGCUCCAACUGGAAGCUGCUGCAGUGCUGGGGACAGCAGGAGUUCUCCAUUCCUGAUAACGUCCUGGGCAUCGUGUAUGGGCAAACCAUUUGCUGGAUCGGAGCCUUUUUCUCACCUCUUCUCCCUGCCAUUGCAACCUUGAAAUUCAUUAUCAUCUUCUACGUGAAAGAGAUGAGCCUUCUUCAUACCUGCAGACCCUCCCCGAGGCAGUUCAGAGCAUCCAACUCUAAUUUCUUCUUCCUGUUGGUGUUGUUGAUUGGCCUGUGUUUGGCAAUAAUACCUCUGACCAUCAGCAUGGCGCACAUCCCUUCCUCGAAAGCCUGUGGGCCAUUCACCAACUUCAACACCACCUGGGAGGUGGUCCCCAGCACGGUGGGCACCUUCCCGAGCUCGCUGCAGUCCCUGCUGUAUGGCGUCACAUCCGAAGCCUUCGCAGUGCCUUUCUUCAUGAUCAUCUGCCUCGUUAUGUUUUAUUUCAUCGCCCUGGCUGGAGCACACAAGCGGGUAGUCAUCCAGCUCCGAGAGCAGCUGUCCCUGGAAAGUCGUGACAAGCGUUAUCUAAUCCAGAAACUAACAGAAGCCCAGAGGGAUAUGAGGAAGUGACUAGACCGAUGGUGAAGAUACUGCUGCAUGUUGCGUAUAAGCUGACUUAGUGACCUGCCGAGCCUACAAAGGCCACCUUUUUAGAGAAAUAUUUUUCUCUAUUUUUUGAGAGAAAUAUUAAAAAAAAUUUUUUUCUGGAGUUUUGUCCUGUCCUGAAGGUGCAUGCAGCUCCGGUGGCCAUGUUUACACAACCCAGCCCCUUCGCAGGGCUUUAGUGACUUAGAAAAGCAGGUUCAAAACCAAGUCUUUGCCUGUUGAUCAGCCACUUGGUGACGCUACCAAAAAAGGACUUAUGAAGCCAUUGAAGCUUUUACACCAAACAUGAAGGAGGAGACCUUUUAUAUUUGUAAAAGCUUCUGUGUGUCAUCUUUUGUCAGCUGCAGAGGUCAGCCAUUCAUGAGGCUGGUUCUAGGGCUGUAGGCUCAGAAGUGUUCCUGAAGAAGUAGUAGUGACCCUUUCAACCGUUCUGUACACUUAAAAUGAGAUCUGAUUUUUAAAAUGUUUUCCAUUUUUUAUUUUUAUGAAGAGAAAGCCUUGAGACGUGAUUUCUGGAACCGACAGUGGAAAUGUGGAGGAGGAUGGUUAUGUAAGGUCAGCGACUUGAUGGUAAUGAGAGAGAGAAAAACCAUUCCUGCUGUGUAAGUCUGAAUGGCCUAGACAGCGGUUCUCAACCUGUGGGUCGCGACCCCUUUGGGGGUCGAACGACCCUUUCACAGGGGUUGCCUAAGA